CUGCGCAGGCGCAGAGCUCUGCACCGGAAGCUGAGUUGUCAGUUUUGUUUUGGUGGCUGACAGGCACGUGAGCUGAUGACGUCAGCAGAGCGGAGCGGCGACAUGGCGGCGGAUUGUUCGGUGCAGGUUCUGUUUGAACACGAAGGAGUCUUCAUCCACCCGAGCACUGAUGAGGGCGUGGAUCAGGACUUACUCGUGUCAGGAUCUCUGCGGAUUGUUGACAAGGAUGCAGAGAUCGUGGUGGAGUACAGACCUCAGGAGGACUCGGUGGACUCUACCAACAUGCUGUGUGCCGGAAAGGACUCGAGCUCGGUGGUGGAGUGGACUCAGAGCUCAGGUGAGCGUUCCAAUCAGCUGUUAGAGACGCAGCAGAGCUACGAGACCGAGUGGGACAUGAUCAACGCUGUGUCCUUCAAGAAGAGAGCCUGCACCAAUGGAGAGGGCUCUCUGAACCACAGCCAUGAGAGGAACAAGUGGGCGUUCAGCUUCAGCAUCAGCGACCUCAGGUGUGUGACGGUGAAGGAGGAGGGUUGGACCUUCCUCAUCUUCAAACUGAAGGAGUCUUCCUCGCUGCCUCCUCUGCACUUCCACCAGGGCGGCAGCACUGAGUUCCUGGACGGCCUGAGGAGGUUCGCUCUGCUCACAGAGUCUGCAGAUGAUGCGUCGUGUCUGAUGGUCAGCACACCAAACAAAGCUCUCUCUCAGUCCUUCGAGAACCUGCUGGACGACAACAACUUUGGUCUGAAGUUUAAGAAAGACCCCUACGUCACCACGCUGGGCGGAUUCUCCAAAGUCACAAACUACAUCUACGACGCCUUCCGGGGGACGGAGGAGCAGCACCAGCGCCCCCCGGAGGAGGUGGCCGACCUGCUGGGAGAGGUGAUCCCCGGGCUGGAGAUCAACCAGCAGGAGGAGCCGGGCUUCGAGGUCAUCACCAGGAUCGACCUCGGGGUGCGGCCUCAGGUAACGAGGGGGGCGCCGCUGUCAGUGGAGGACUGGACCAAAUACCAGGACCAUGAGGGGAGGAUGACCAACGUCCCCCUCCUCAAACACGCCAUCUUCAAGGGGGGUCUGUGUCACGCGGUGAGGAAGGAGGCCUGGAAGUUUCUGCUGGGAUAUUUCCCCUGGGAGAGCACGCUAGAGGAGAGGAAGGUCCUGCAGAGAGCCAAAACGGAUGAGUACUUCAGGAUGAAGCUGCAGUGGAAGUCCGUGAGCGAGGAGCAGGAGAGGAGGAACUCUCGGCUCAGAGACUACAAGAGUCUGAUCGAGAAAGACGUGAACCGGACCGACAGAACCAACCGCUUCUACGAAGGCAUCGAUAACCCGGGUCUGACCCUGCUCCACGACAUCCUCAUGACCUACUGCAUGUUCGACUUCGACCUGGGGUACGUUCAGGGUAUGAGUGACCUCCUGUCUCCGGUCCUGUAUGUGAUGGAGAACGAGGUGGACGCAUUCUGGUGCUUCGUGUCCUUCAUGGAUCAGAUGCAUCAUAACUUCGAGGAGCAGAUGCAGGGGAUGAAGACUCAGCUGAUCCAGCUCAGCACUCUGCUCAGACUGCUGGAUCUGUCCUUCUGGAAUUACCUUGAGUCUCAGGAUUCAGGGUACCUGUACUUCUGUUUCCGCUGGCUGUUGAUCCGGUUUAAGAGAGAGCUCAGCUUCCAGGACGUGCUGCGGCUCUGGGAGGUGAUGUGGACCGGGCUGCCUUGUCAAAACUUCCACCUGCUGGUCUGCUGUGCCAUCCUGGACUCCGAGAAACAGAAGAUCAUGGAGGAAAACUACGGCUUCAACGAGAUCCUCAAGCACAUCAACGAGCUCUCCAUGAAACUGGACGUUGAAGAAAUCCUGCAGAAGUCUGAGGGAAUCUGUCUGCAGAUAAGGAGCUGUAAGGACCUUCCUCACUCCAUCAGCGUCAUCCUGGGUUUGGACUCGUCCCUCUGUGGUUCUGGUCCCACAGACUGUGGAUCAGCUCCGGCUCUAAGAGCGACUCACAGAGCGGACGCCUGCUCCAACGGACACUUAAGAGAAACCAGCUCUCACAACAACAGCUGCAAAGUGGCCUUCAUAUCGUAGUGAACAGAGACUGACUCACAGCGUCAGCAGGAGGGGCCCGACCCCCCACACAGCGGGGAGGACGAGGAGGAAGAGGAAGAGGAGGAGGAGGAAGAGGGGGGGGGGGGAAGAGGGGGCUGUAUAAAAAGAAUCUGAGAUUAUUAAGAAUCUUAUUUUUGUAAUUUCUUGUACCAUAUUGUCUCUUUGAGUCAUUCCUCUUUGCUGAUGAUGCUUCUAACGCUCCAUCAGACCGGAUCUGCAUCACAGAGGAGGGGGAGGAGUCAACUCCUCAUCCAGCUCACAUGAGACCGGAUCUGCAUCACAGAGGAGGGGGAGGAGUCAACUCCUCAUCCAGCUCACAUGAGACAGGAUCUGCUCUGUUGAAGUCUAUAAAUCCAUUUACAGACAGCAGCUUUGAACGUUGUCUUCAGAAUAAAAGUUAUCAGUUGUAGU